AUGGAGCCACCACCACGACUGUCCUUCUCCAACAGUACAGGGGCGAGGGUCUCGUGUGCUGCUCACGGCUCGCCCGCCCCCACGAUCACCUGGCUCACAGAAGAUGGUGUUCCAGUGUCUGAUAUACCUGGCAUAAGAGAGGCUCUGCCAAACGGUACCUUGUGGCUUGGCGCGUUCUCAUCAGCUCAGUACAGAAGCGAUGUACACGCGGCCUUGUAUCGUUGUCGAGCUUCGGGCACUGUGGGUACUGUUCUGUCAAGAGACAUGCGGCUAGAGGCUGUAAUGGACGUCCCAUGGGAGGUGCAAGUUCAACCUACCCACGGUGUAUCAGGAGGCGCAGCCUUGAUGACGUGUGCACCAUCGGCUUCGGUUAGAGCACAUGUCACCGUGACGCGAUGGAUCAAAGAUGGAGCUGUUCUUCCACCGGUACCUGAAGCGGGUGGUGGUUACAUGAUCGGUGGCAGUCGCGGCGAUAUUCUUGUUAUUCGAGAAGCCAGGUCUGAUGAUGCUAGCUCCUACUCGUGCGAAGCUCAACACGCGUUGACGGGAGAGAAGCGACGAAGUCCACCAGCUAUGAUUGCUGUUUCACAUCCGACUGGGAGUAUGGCUCCACGGAUUUUAACGAUAUCUGAAGAUGAAACUGUACCACAAGGUGGGGACAUUAGGCUGGUGUGUUGCGCUAUCGGCAGCCCACCACCCACAUACAGUUGGUUUCGCCACGCUAACGGCCGUCUCAGUCCCGUGGGCAAUAGCAUCAGAAUAUCAGUGUCUGAUCAAGUACUAAUAAUAAGAAGAGCUCAGCUAUCUGAUGCUGGAGUUUGGACUUGUCGAGCUCAUAAUCAAUAUGGUGAACAGAGACGAGACGCGAGACUUAAAGUACGGUCGAGACUUGUUGUCAGUGUUCAUCCUCAAUUACAUAUCGCUAACUCCGGUAGUUCAGUGACCUUUAACUGUUCGGUUGAUGGAGGUGAGGCUCGCGUGCGUUGGUUGCACGACGGUGUCCCUGUCGGCGGUGGUGAGCGGGUAUUGCGCGUCCACGGUGUGGUUCGAGCUCAUAGAGGAAUGUACCAGUGUUUCGCUGAACGAGACCUUGAUAGUGCUCAAGCUGCUGCUGAACUCAGGCUUGGAGAUACAGCGCCAGAACUGCACUAUACAUUCAUCGAGCAAGCAUUACAUCCGGGGCCGGCGCUUGCGCUCCACUGCUCUGCCUCGGGCUCUCCCUCGCCACGGUUCACUUGGCUGCUCGACAUGCAGGUUGUAGAGGAACAUAAUACACAACAGAGGAGCAUAUCCCAGUUUAUGAGUCCCAACGGAGACGUAGUGAGCUACCUUAACAUUACGUCAGUCCGUCCUGAAGAUGGCGGGAGGUACACGUGUCGCGCUCAUAACACGAGAGGAGCUGUUGAACAUUCUACAAGACUUAACGUUUAUGGUCCACCAUCCAUCAGAAACAUUGGUCCUGUUCGCGUGGUUGCAGGUGUCAACACAACGAUCUACUGUCCUUACUCCGGAUUUCCAAUCAGUGAUAUAAGAUGGCAACGUGGUGGUAUAGAUGUGGGUUCAACUGGAAGAGCGUUAUCAGGAAGCGGUGGUGAACUUCUGUUAUGGCCUGCUGAACCAGCUGAUGCCGGAGUGUACUCGUGCAGAGUAAAUUCACCUUCAGGACAAUACGCACAAAAGGAUGUCCAGAUUUUUGUACGAAAUCCUCCGAAAAUAGCUGGAUUUCAAUUUCCUGCGGAUUUGGUGGAAGGCAGUUCAAUACAAGUUUUAUGCGGAAUAACUUCUGGGGAUAAACCAGUUUAUUUCUCCUGGCUUAAAGAUGGACAGCACAUUCCGUCUAACUUACAGGUCCAAGAGAAAUCCUUAGAUGAAUUCAGUUUUCUUAUAUUUUCCCACGUCACAUCGAAACAUAGCGGGGAUUACACAUGUGUCGCCAGUAACACUGCAGCUGAAGUUAACCACACAGCGAGACUUGCCGUUAAGGUCGCGCCGUCGUGGGUAUACGAGCCUCAAGAUGUUUCAGCCUUACUCGGAACUCAAAUUCUUAUUCACUGUGUUACUAAAGGAUAUCCAGAACCAAGAAUAACAUGGUUGAAAGCUCAUGGUGUAGGUAGCAGUGCAGAUUUUCGCCCACUUAACCGUGUAGAGCUGCCCUUGUCUGUUUUAACCAACGGCUCAUUAAGCGGGGUGGCCACGCGCGGACACGAAGGACGCUAUAUGUGUCGUGGAGACAACGCUGUAGGACGCGGCCUGUCUAAAAUUGUUACCGUCUCUGUUAACGAACCAGCGCACUUUGAGUUUUCAUCCCGCAACAUGUCAGUGCGACGUACGGCCAGCGCGUCACUAACAUGUUCAGCAAGGGGAGAUGCUCCUAUACAACUACACUGGACACACAAUAUGCAGAGAUUAGAUCUUUCUACAUAUAGAGUGUCAGUAUCGGAGAAGCGAUCUGAGAACGGAGCGAGUUCAACCCUGAGCAUCACCCACGCUCAACGCCGCGACUCUGGCGUGUACCGAUGUCGCGCUGAGAACGCGUAUGGUAGAGAUGAACUGCUCAUAUACUUGGCUGUACAGGAGUUUCCGGAAUCUCCUCGCGGUCUCACUAUAUUGAAACGCGAAGGUCGCGCGGCUCGUCUUUCGUGGCAUCGCGGGUACGACGGUAACGCACGCCUCCGUGCAUACCGCCUUCAAUAUCGCGUGGUGGGUGACGCAAGACGAGCUGCUGACUGGACAGAUGCCCCUACUAGAGAACUGUCUCCUGAUUUACUUAUACAAAGACAAGAGAGCUCGGACCCCAACUCAGAAGUAAUUCUAGAGUAUCGAGUGGAUGGUCUUCGUCCUGCAACUGCCUAUGCAUUAAGGCUGGCUGCAGUAAAUGAUAUAGGAGAUAGCGAAUAUUCCGAAUCAGUCAUAGUCCAAACAUUAGAGGAAGCCCCAUCAGAAGCACCUAGACAUGUUGAAGUGCAAGCAGAUGCUCCUGGAGAACUGCUUGUUAAGUGGCAGCCUCCACCCCAAGAAACAUGGAACGGCGAGUUGCUUGGCUACGCGGUAUGGUGGCGAACUGACAACGCAUCUCUAGCACUAACAGUUCCUGGAUGGGCUGCUAACAACGCACGCAUCGCUGCAUUGAGAGCACACUCGCGUUAUGAGCUACGGGUGCGUGCGUUUAACGCUGUUGGCGCGGGACCGCCGUGUGCACCACUUGCUGCCACCACACUUGAAGAUGUUCCAGAAGCCCCACCUCAGCAUAUCCGAUACCAGAGGAGGCUUGCUUCUCGGAUACGAACUAUGUACCAGGAAGUAGGUUCUCUCGACAGUGUGUGGGAGCGUCGUCGCGCGGGUGGCAGCGAGGCUCAAGCCGGAGGACUCCGCGCAGGAAACUAUUCAGUACGAGUGAGUGCGCGCACUGCAGCCGGUACCGGCCCACCCGCACUCGCCUACUGUCAUACACUCGAUGACGUGCCAGGACCUCCAGCAGAUAUAAAAGCGGUACCACACUCAGAAGAUUCAGUCAUUAUAAGCUGGCUUGCUCCAGCGCAGAAGAAUGGCAAAAUUAGACACUAUACAGUAUAUAAUCGACCACAGAGAACAGGCCAGCACUCCCACGUAAUGGUGCCGCAAACAGAUGAGGAACAAAUGUUGGAAAUACGAGGACUUCAUGAACACCAGCUAUAUGAUUUCUGGGUGACUGCUGCUACAUCUGCCGGAGAGGGAGAAAUGAGCGCUAUAGUUGCCAAGAAACCCAGCACUAGAGCGGGAGCUAAAAUAUGGUCAUUUCCAAGAAGAAUAGUACAAAUAGAAGGCUCUAAAGUCGUCAUUCCUUGUGGCACUGCCGGCAGCCCAACUCCCGUGCGAGUAUGGAGCCGGCGUCGACCACCAACUAUUCUAGCUGACCCUAGAAUACGAAUCGAAGCACAUCGACUUGUCAUACCUAAAAUGGAGCCUUCAAUGAGUGACAACUACACGUGUGUGGUGCGUAAUCCGUGGGGCGAGGAACGGGGACUGUGGGAAGUGCGCGUAUUGUCGCCACCCUCCGCACCCCAGUUGAGACUCACUGGUACUGCACCCGCAGCAAUUAUAGUUGCCUGGGACUCGGGAGAUGCAGAUAGCUUCGGUCUAGAAUAUGCACUAGGCGAUGGUCCGUGGCAGUCAGUGUUUGUUUGGGGUAGCGUUCGGUCAUACGCCCUCCGGCGGUUGGUGUGUGGUGGAAAGUAUAGACUGAGACUCACAGCAAGAAACGCUGCUGGUGUCUCGCGCCCCAGUGAAGUGCUUGCUGCCGUUGCUAGCGGGGGAGUAUCAAAACCAGCGGUAGAAAAACAUCUAAUCACAACCAAUAGUAGCUGCGUUCGACUUAAUUUCCUUACCUGGGACAGUAAUAGUUGUCCGCUCAUACACUUUUUGGUCUCAAUUCGAUCUUUCGAGGAAUCUUUAUGGAGAUCAGAGACAAUAGGACUGGAGCCUCAACCAAUAGCGCUAUGUAGUCUACAAUCAGCUACAUGGUAUCAUCUAAAGGUUAUCGCUCUCAGCACUGCGGGCUCUACAACUGCAACGUAUUAUUUUUCAACACUAACCGAAGGCGGAGAGCGCAUCCCAGCACCAGCUCAAUUCCCAUCUGGUGGUGAAGAAGACGUGUCAUCGGGUAGUAGUGUAGUGCUGCUAGCUAUUGCGGCUGCUCUUUUUAUUGCCUUAUUAUUGCUUGGUGUGUUCGCCUAUAAAAGAAGUGCAACAAAACCCUGCUUCAGAAAAGGCUACGAGCAAAGUGGUGUAUCAGAAGAAGACAAAUCGGUAGAAAAGCGUGACAAUAGAAAGAAUUGUCAGCAAGUAUAUACUUCUUCCCCAAUUAAAAGUACUAAUAAAAAAGAACAACAAGAAAUGUACGAGAUCAGUCCGUAUGCGACAUUCAGUAUGUCGGGAGGCAGCACGGGUGAAGCAGCAGCUGGUACUCUGCGGACGUUCGGUCGUGCUGAACCUGCACCACUUAGCGCCGCACCACCCCGGAACCACACGCACCGCUCACCAGCGCAUUCUGAUGAGUACACUUUAUCUCGUGCUAUGACAUUGAUGGUACGACGGACGGAAUCGGACUCCGAUUCGAGUGGGUCGCCGUGUGCCGAGUGCACCUCCAGCGUUUCGUAUAGAAUGCCACUAGCACCCAAUAAAGCAACAGAGGAAGUGUUCCGAACUGUCACUGACUCUAGUGCCGAAUCAUGUGCCGGUUCGGGGCCAAGAGACAAGGGGCGGCGGCGACCGAGGCGACAUGCGCCUGCUAAUAGAUACCAACAGCGGCAGGAACAGGAGAGACGAGAUUUUACUAUACAUGUUUAA